AAACUCAACAUUGACAAGAUUUUGACAAAUGAAGCCAUAACGAGAGCUGUGCUAAAUUAACAAAAUCAAUUUACUCUUUGAAAUGUUUUAAGAAAUUAUGAGUAAGAUUCAUCAUUAACAAACAAGAAAAAUCAUGGCGUUGGAUCUAGUGAGCAUAGCGCAACCACAUUAUAUACCUGGAUACACCGGCCACUGUCCAGAGUACAAAUAUCGUAUUGGCGACACAUAUGGGUCGACCACUCACAAAAUAUUACUUGAUCCCAGCGUUAAUCACAGCGAAAGAUUAGUUCUGUCAGAUAGGACUGCUGACGAUUUUCAGAUAUACCGUCCACCGCAAACUGACAUUGAUGUCGUGAACGCACGGUUCCGCAAUGGCGACCCCGUAUACAAGCAUCCUAUGAUACCAGGAUAUGAAGGUUUCUUGCCUCGAUUGAAUGCGCACUUUGGUCAGCGGUACACUGUCUCUGCGACCGAGGCGCUAUCGGAAUUUCAAAAAUCACAGCUCAACAGCAGAGCUGCUAGGAAUCAAUUAGAAAGGGUGGUUGAUCUACAGAUCGGAAAGGGACAGCCAUGGGAUCUUGUGGAUAGAUUCUCUGCUACAGCCGAGUUCAAAUUGCCGUUAGUGGUUGUGAGACCAGAAUGUGCUGGAAUUUUAAGGGACUUGCCAAUGGAUGAACCGAAACUAGCACCGCCCACACAUUCCACCAGCCCUUACUUUAUGGAAAAUAGUCACCCAGAUAAAUAUAUUGUAAAAGGUUAUUCCGGUCAUGUGCCGUACGGAUUCCAAAGAUUUGGCGAGUCCUCGAAGAAACUUACAAACUCUGCACUUUGUGACUUUUCAUCAAACUACAGACGAAGGCAAAGUACAGAGUGGGCUCCUGUAAAUGUAGUGAAACCGGAUCCUCCUCUAUCCAUAAAUCCCACUGAGAUCUAUCACAAACACGUGGGCAUGUUGCCCAAUUACGCGGGUCACGUGCCGGGAUGCGUGUUCAGAUUUGGAAAAACCUAUGGAAAUGAUACGAGAGAUGCUAAGAGGUGGUUGCGUGGUGACUUCACUUCAUGAAAAUAACAACCCAUCUAGAAUUCUAGACUUCUAAGACGCUUUAUUGGACUGAACUAAUGCCUAACCGUUUCUGAUAAUUUGGACAACAUUUCGGCAACUUCUUUCACGUUUUAUAGCAGGUUUUAAUUAAAAAUAUUUUACACCAA